UGUGAGUUUCAUGCACUUGGUUUAAGCCCAGAUUUAGUUUGAGCAAACUUAAUAUCAUGAAGACUGUGAAAGGCUUCUGUGUCAUUUUCAUGCUGCAUCUAUGGUUCUUUGACUCUGGAAGGACUGGGAAGGUACUUGUAUGGCCCAUGGAUUUUAGUCAUUGGAUUAAUCUAAAAGUUAUUCUGGAAGAACUCCACCUUCAUGGACAUGAGAUAACCAUCCUGGUACCUUCAACAAGUUCUCUGCUUGAUCAUACCAAGAUUCCCUUUAAUGUGGAGAUACUUCAACUUUCAAUAAGUAAAGAAAGUUUCAUGGAAGAGUUCAGUGCUGAUCUCUAUACACUUUCUUUUGAACUGCCGAAACUUUCAUGGUGGGACAGGCAAGUGAAAAUGACAAAAGUUAUAAAAAAUUUUUUAGCAUCAGCUAAAAGAGUAUGUGACAGUGCUGUCACAAACAAGGAUUUACUCAGCAGGCUACAGGCAGCUAAAUUUGAUAUCUGUAUUGCUGACCCUUUAAGCUUUUGUGGGGAAUUGGUGGCUGAACUCCUCAAUAUUCCGUUUAUAUACUCUUUUCGGUUUUCCUAUGGGAAUGUCAUUGAGAGAUUGUGUGCCAGGCUUCCUAUGCCUUCUUCAUAUGUUCCUGGCAUCACAUCAAGACUGACAGACAACAUGACUUUUAUACAGAGGCUGGAGAACUGGUUAUUGUAUACAAUGAGUGAUAUGAUGUCUUCAUACUAUGCAUUUGCAGAAUGGGAUGAAUAUUACAGCAAGAUUUUAGGAAAACGUACCACAUUAUGUGAAAUUAUGGGGAAAGCUGAAAUGUGGUUGAUUCGAACAUACUGGGAUUUUGAAUUUCCAUUCCCUUACUUACCUAAUGUUGAAUUUGUUGGAGGACUGCACUGCAAGCCUGCAAAGCCCCUACCUAAGGAGUUAGAAGAGUUUGUUCAAAGCUCUGGAAAACAUGGAGUUGUGGUGUUUACUCUGGGGUCAAUGAUCAAAAACCUCACAGAAGAAAAGUCUAGUGUGAUUGCAUCAGCCCUUGCCCAGAUUCCUCAGAAGGUCCUAUGGAGAUACACAGGAAAGAAACCAGAAACUUUAGGAGCCAAUACCCGACUAUAUGAGUGGAUUCCACAGAAUGAUCUUCUUGGUCAUCCCCAAACCAGAGCUUUUAUUACUCACUGUGGAACCAAUGGGAUCUAUGAAGCUAUUUACCAUGGGGUCCCUAUGGUGGGAAUUCCUCUGUUUGGUGAUCAGCAUGAUAAUAUUGCUCGUAUAAAAGCCAAAGGGGCAGCUGUUGAAGUAGACUUGCAAAGAAUGACAAGUUCCGAUCUGCUUAACACUUUGAAAGCAGUUAUUAACAGCCCUUCCUAUAAAGAGAAUGCUAUGAAGUUAUCAAGAAUUCACCAUGAUCAGCCUAUGAAGCCCCUGGACCGAGCAGUCUUCUGGAUUGAGUUUAUCAUGCGCCACAAAGGAGCCAAACACCUUCGGCCAGCCAUCCACAACCUCACCUGGCUGCAUCUAUGUCUCUUUGACUCUGGAAGGACUGGGAAAGUACUUGUAUGGCCUGAGGAUUUUAGUUACUGGAUUAAUUUAAAAGUUAUUCUAGAAGAACUCCUCCUUCACACACAUGAGAUAACCAUCCUGGUACCUUCAGGAAGCCUUCUGCUGGAUCAUACCAAGAUUCCCUUCAAUGUGGAGAUCAUCCAACUUCCAGUAACUAAAGAAGCUUUCAUGGAAGAAUUUGAUACUGGUCUCUAUACAAUUUCUUUUGAAGUGCCGAAACUUUCAUGGUGGGACGUGCAAGAAAAACUAACAAAAAUGAUCAUCAGUUUAUUAACAUCAGACAAAUGAGUAUGUGACAGUGCUAUCACAAACAAGGAGUUACUCAACAGGCUACAGGCAGCUAAGUUUGAUAUCUGUAUUGAUGACCCUUUAAGCUUUUGUGGGGAAUCAGUGGCUGAACUCCUCAAUAUCCCAUUUAUAUAUUCUUUUUGGUUUUCUUAUGGGAAUGUCAUUGAGAGAUUGUGUGCUGAGCAUCUUAUACCUUCUUCAUAUGUUCCUGGCAUCACAUCAGUACUGACAGACAACGUGACUUUUAUACAGAAGCUGAAGAAUUGGUUUUUCUAUGCAAUGAGUGAAAUGUUAUAUUCAUAUGAUAUAUUUCUGGAAUGGGAUAAGUAUUACAGCAAGGUUUUAGGAAAACCUACCACAUUAUGUGAGAUUAUGGGGAAAGCUGAAAUGUGGUUGAUUCGAACUUACCGAGAUUUUGAAUUUCUUCACCCUUUACCUAAUUUUGAAUUUGUUGGAGGACUGCACUGCAAGCCUGCAAAGCCCCUGCCACAGGAGUUAGAAGAGUUUGUGCAAAGCUCUGGAAAAAAUGGAGUUGUGCAUAUUGUAGUGUUUACUCUGGGGUCAAUGAUCAAAAACCUCACAGAAGAGAAGUCUAAUGUGAUUGCAUCAGCCCUUGCCCAGAUUCCUCAGAAGGUUCUGUGGAGAUACACAGGAAAGAAACCAGAAACACUAGGAGCAAAUACCCGGCUAUAUGGAUGGAUUCCACAGAAUGAUCUUUUAGGUCAUCCCAAAGCCAGAGCUUUUAUUACUCACUGUGGAACCAAUGGGAUCUAUGAAGCUAUUUACCACAGGGUCCCUAUGGUGGUAAUUCCCCUGUUUGGUGAUCAGCAUGAUAAUAUUGCUCAUAUAAAAGCCAAAGGGGCAGCUGUUGAAUUAAAUUUGCAUAUAAUUACGAGUUUCAAUCUCCUUAACACUUUGAACACAGUUAUUAACAACCCUAGCUAUAAAGAGAAUGCCAUGAAGUUAGCAAGAAUUCACCGUGAUCAGCCUAUGAAGCCUCUGGAAUGAGCAGUUUUCUGGAUUGAGUUUAUCAUGUGCCAUAAAGGAGUCAAACACCUUUGGCCAGCCAUCCACAACCACACCUAGUACCAGUACAAUUUUUUUUAUGUGAUUGGGUUCCUCCUAGCAUGUGUGGCAACUUUUAUAUUCCUGAUCACUAAAUGUUGCCUGUUUUGUUGCUGGAAGUUUGGUAAAACUGCGAAGAAGAAAAAGAGAGAGUAG